GUUACCAUCAGAUCAGAAUCGACGCCAUGUCCCCGCCUAACUCUGUUCCUGACCAAUUCCGUCCAGGAUUUCUUCCUCCUUCCGUCGCCAAGCAGAUGCAGGACAACAGUCCCGGACAACAACGUCCUCUCACACCUGCUCCUCUGGAUGAUGUGUUGGCCGAUGGCACAAAGUACAAGCCAGCUGGAAAGUUACAGGGGAAGAAAGCAGUGGUGACCGGAGGUGAUAGUGGUAUUGGACGGGCUGUCUGUAUUCUAUAUGCAUUGGAAGGAGCAGACAUCUUCCUUCAUUGUCAUCCUGCAGAAGAAACAGAUGCUCAAGAUACCAAAGAAUAUAUAUCGAAAGUUGCCCCCAAUGCCAAGGUGGAGCUUUGCGCUCAGGAUUUGAGAGAGGAGAAGGCGUGUUUGGAGAUGGUUGAGAAGAUCAGGAAAUGGUCAAGUGGUUCGGUGCAUAUUCUCGUCAACAAUCAUGCAACUCAACAAGAAGUCCCAGCCAUUGCCGAUCUGUCUUCCGAACAAUGGCGUCAUGUAUUUGAUCUCAACAUUCACUCGUUCUUCUACCUUACCAAGAAUAUCCUACCCAUGAUGCCGUGGGGAGGAAGUAUCAUCAACAAUGCUUCUAUCAAUCCCUUCGUUGGACAUCCGGGAUUGUUGGAUUAUACAGCUACGAAAGGUGCGAUAGUGGGGUUCACUAGAGCUUUGUCGAAUCAGAUUGUAAAGGAGAAAGGUGUGAGGGUAAAUGCCGUCUGUCCAGGACCUAUUUGGACACCGUUGGUAUCUGCGACCAUGACGAAAGAAUCUCUUGAGAGUUUCGGUCUCACGACUGCCAUCGGACGAGCUGGACAACCUGUGGAAGUAGCGACCGCAUUUGUCUUUCUCGCAUCGGCUGAUUCUUCCUAUUUUACUGCUCAAUGUUUUCACGUCAAUGGUGGACAGCCAUACUGAAUGUUGGAAAUUAUACAAAAGCACCGAUACUCAUUCAUUCGAAAUUAGAUUAAUUCGCAGACGAACAUUCAGACCAUUUGCAUAAACAAAGAAGUAAGAUUGGAGAAUGAUAUUCAAAAACACAUGCAUUGUUAUAUA